AUGCCCGGUGUAAUACCAGACACCAAACCACCUAGCAAGCUGCCACCCGAGCUUGUUGAAUACAUCAUCGAGGAGGCUUGGCUGACCUGCUCCACCGCCGAACGCUGGGAAUUGUACAGCAAUGUCUGUCGCGUCUCCCCUGAUUGGCAUGCUAUCCUACUCGAUAUUUGUCUGCAGUUCGUCAUUAUUGACGUGCCAGCGGACAUAGAGGGCUACAGGAAGCUCAUGCCGUCCCGGAUGGCUCUGCGCGAUAAUGUGCAGACCUUGGGCGGGGGAGCAUAUUAUUCAUCGAAGCCUUCCCAUUUGUGUUUAACCCUAAGGAAUCGCUUCAAACGGCACGUAAUGCGCGACUCUUAUGGUAACUGGUCCGACUUCUACGCCAUGAUCCACCCUUUCGUACCGAAUUGUACGUCCGUGCAUAUUGUUUUGGCCGAUGAAAGCAUGUUCGAAGGGAGUAUGUCGAAAAGGCUCUUCAGCAUGUUGUCUCGUAUACGCAACACGAGCCUGUACCUCACUUGGGCAUACUACGCGGAAGGGAAGGGAACGCCUGACAUUCUCCUUCCUGCCGUUACCUAUCUCCGCAUCCAGCACUAUCCACAGUGCUCGUGCCGCACCGCAUCCGAGGGUCAACACGAGGAUAACUGCUUGUCGGACAAUCUCCUCAGCCGCUUCCCCAAUCUUCGGCACCUCCAUCUUGACUCACCCUUCUUCCUCAAAUACCUCAGAGCUUCACCCACUUUGGAAACCGUCACUUUGGAUGCUCCUCCCUCUCGGGUAAUAGCCACGCGCGAACCUAUGAGUUCGCUAGUGGGGUGGAAUAUCGGUGCAGGCCUUAAUCGAGGUUUCUUAAAGGGUGGCGCAACAUCUUCUCGCAGACGGAUACUGGUGAAUACAGGCACGAAGGAGCCCAUGGGAUGGUCGCAGGCACAGAUCGCUUGCGAUGCACAUGGUGUCGUUUUGGAACGUAGGUGUAUUUUUGAAGACGAUCCAACGAACGAUAUUCCCGACCAGCACGGGUUGUGGAAAUUGGGUUACGCAUCGGGGUUUCACACAAGAAGCUGA